AUGCCCAAGAGAUGCGAAGCGAAGGAAUCCGAGUCCGAGACAGAAGAGGAGGAGCCAGAGAAGGAGGAGGAGUGCCACAGCUCCGUUCCGCCUGAAGACUGCUACUACGCCACGAAGUGGUUGAUGGAUGAGGGCAGAUGGCAACACCCGCAUGCCUUCCCAGAGGUCACCGCCCACUCGACUUGGGAGGAUGCUCAAGCAGCACUCUGGAAACGGUCUGAGGGUAGCUGCAAGAAGCCCUGCGCCCCGGAACCGCAGACGACGCAGGAACCCGAGACGACAACGCAGAAGGCUGAAGAGGAAUCCCAAGAGCCGGAGAAGGAGGAAGAGGUCCCUGAGCCUGAGGAGGACUGCUACACGUCGGUGGAGCCCGAGAAAUGCUUCUAUGCUACAAAGUGGCUCAUGGAAGAGGGCAGAUACAAGUAUCCAGAUGCCUUUUCGGAGGUUACGUCUGAGUCAUCUUGGGAAGAUGCCCAAGAGGCACUCUGGAAACGUGGCAAAGACGGCUGCAAGAAGCCGUGUCCCCAUGAAUCUGCGGACGACAUCGACAAGGCACGGACAUCCAAGACGUUUGAGAUUAUCCAGCGGGUUGGAUACUCCGAAGCCCAGGAAUCCGAAGAGCAGGAGAAGGAGGAGGAGAAAGAGGAGGAAGAGGUCCCGAAGGAGGAUUGCUACACCUCCGUGGAGCCCGAGAAAUGCUUCUAUGCCACGAAAUGGUUGAUGGAAGAAGGCAGAUACAAGCACCCUGAGGCCUUUCCUGAGGUUACGCCCGAAUCGUCUUGGGAAGAUGCCCAAACGGCAUUCUGGAAACGUGGCAAGGACGGCUGCCAGAAGCCCUGUCCCCAUGAUUCCGAAACGCUGACCGACGAGGUUGAAGAGGAAGAUUGCCACAACUCGGUGCCGCAUGAAGAUUGUUACUACGCUACGAAGUGGCUGAUGGAUGAAGGCAGAUGGAAGCAUCCCGAGGCCUUCCCAGAGGCCUGUUUACGGAUCGAGAUAGGGCCAGAAGCGCACCAAUGGUUCUGGCGUCAGUUUGACAUGCGUGGCGAUAGGCUGUCUAUUGAAUUCUGCCAUGAGGAUCACUACCACGCCUUUGUCAGGACCCGAGCCCGGAUCCGGGAGCCUCCAAUACGGAGGAUUCAGCUGAAGCCUGAGCUCAGCAAGAGCGAGGUGGAGCUCGAGAUGACGCCUUACACCCCGGUUGCCAUUCAAAAGACGAUGCCUGGUGCCGGUGCCAUGACGAUGAGUCAGCCUUCUGGCUGUCCUCACGAGGAGGCCGGCCUCACGCCCUUCAGCAACUUAGGCACGUCGGGGGACAUCACGAUCUCCAGUGGGCGCUACCUUCUCUCCGCCUCAGCAACAAUCCGAUCGCUCACGAUCAACAGCGGAGCUGAACUCAUCAUCGGCGAUGUGGCAGGUCUGUCGCUGGAAACGCAGGCGAUCUACGUUCGAGGCACACUACGAUUGGGAUCGGCCACCUGCCCCUUGACAGCGGGAGGCCUGGUGGUGACCUUCACCGGCUCCGGCGACAGGUCCUCAAGGUCCACGAAUCCCUUGAACACCAAGGGCCUGACUGUGGGCGGCGGUGGUAUCCUGGAGGUGUACGGAAAGCGCUACUGGCCUACCUGGACCCGCCUCUCUGCCAGCGCUCCACCGGGUGCAACUCAAUUGUCCCUGGCGGACGAGGUAGACUGGAUGGUCGGGCAGAAGGUGGUGCUGACGACCACCUCGUACAUCGAUGACGAUCCGAACGACCACCAGAACGAGGUCCGGGAAAUCGCGGCGGUGAGCGGCUCCCAGAUCACCUUGACUCAGGGCCUUCAGUUCGGGCACUAUGGUGGGCCGGAGUACGCUGCAGAAGUUGCGCUACUUUCUCGGACGAUCACCUUCCAAGGAGAUGCGGCCAGCGAAAACACUCGUUACGGCGGCCAUAUCAUGUGCAUGCCUGGGUCCCAGUGCCGCAUCGCUGGGGCCAUGGCCUAUCGGAUGGGCCAGGAGAACAAAAUGGGCCGGUACCCCUUCCACUUCCACGUCAUGGGCCGGGUGAAUGGGGAGUCCUUCUUCGAAGACUGCCUCGUGCAGCACAGCUUUUUCCGCGCCUUCACAGUGCACGGCACCUCGAACUCGAGAGUGUCGCGCAACGUGGCUUACGACAUUUCGGGAAGCGCCUACUACCUUGAAGAUGGCAUUGAAGAGGACAACCUCUUCGAGUUCAACCUCGCAGCUUUUAUCCUCAUCAUCGACAAGCUCAACGACUACGGAGGCGGUGGCCAGGGCGGUGUGAGGAUCAACACGCAGCCGAGCCGCCUCGUGCCCACGGAUGCCACAGCUGUCGGGUUCUACUGCACCAAUGCGAAGAACCGAUGGAUCGGAAACUCUGCGAGCGGUGGCUUUGCUGGCUUCCAUUUUCCUCGUGUGCCCUAUGUCCUUGGCGACACCUAUGCGCAGAACCAGGACUACCACCCGGAUGUGGUGGAACUGGGCGAGUUUGAUUCCAACACUGCGCAUUCAUCAGGGCGGCUGUGGAGCCGCGGCGGCUGCAUGUAUGUCGGCGGCGAACUCUGGGAGGACAACAAGGGUUCCCAUGAGUACCGCUACACCAGUGGACGGACAACAACGCGAAAGGAGGGCCGCUUCAUCUGGACAAACACCAAGGUUUUCGCUUGCCGGAAGGGCAUCCUUUUCUGGGGUUCCGGCGGCCGCUGGCCGGGUCUGGGCUUGGAAGGCUUUGAGGCGCACGACAUCUCUUGCGCGGUCACCAUGCUGGGAGACAACUACAUGUAUAACUCAGUGGUCAGCGCGCACACGGGCAAUACCUUCGCCACAGACCUGCCGAAGGUCACGGAUGGCUUCGAGCUGUACGACACCGGCAUGCAGACCAUCCUCUCCCAGGUGACAUGGCGAAACUUCGACCGACCCGGCGAUGUGGCCAUCAUGGACAUGACUCACAGCAACAUCUUCAAGCCUGCAGGAAUGUUUGACACGAGGGCCCAAUACUUCGAGGGCACCCCCUUUGCGCAGCGCCUUCGUCAUGUCGAACGAUACGCCUGCACAUCGUUCCAUCAGGACACCUGCAAGAACCGCUGCGACUUCUGCCCAGGGACAGCUGGAUCUUCGCAGGUUGCCAAUAUGAUUGAUACCGACGGGACCUUGGUCGGUUGGAAUGAGCCUGCGAUCAUCGGCGCAGAUGACGAGGAUUCAGAAACCAACUAUCGCACGAAUGACUGGUGGCGCAUCGAUGACAGCUGCCAAAGGAAUUUUGACUGGGGCUUCUGGAUCUGCCCCACGAAGGGCAAUCGGGCGAUCGCGAGCUUGUUCUUCAUGAAGGGCCUCCAGGACAGGUAUCCGGACCGCACGGAUUCCAGAACCGCCGUGGGCAAGGUUUACCACUUCGGCCACGAAGAUCGCCACAUCGACUUGGGCUUGGCCGAGAGCCCCAUGGUCACUGGGCCCUGCUGCGAUGUCGGGUGGUUCCUGGCCUUGGACAAUGGCGCGGAGCCUCAGCUCACCAUCACCAUGGACCAGAUCCCCCCACAAGGUUUGGUUCUCGCCACGGCCUAUCCAAUGGGUGCCUCCAUCACCGUUCAGCGAUGCUUUCCGAAUUGCGCCAACAUGCCAAGAGGUUCUUCCUUGCAGGAAGUGCUGGACUCCACGGACGGAAACGUGUUCUUUGUGGACGGCUUGGGCCGACUCUUCCUGAAGUUCGUCUAUGCCGACAAUGGCUACUUUGAGUUCGUGGGUGUCAAGCAGCUGUUGAACUCGCACCGCGUGUUGGCCUUCCGUGCUUUCCCUUGCUGGAAUGUCCAAUCCUAUGGUUUUUACAGUGUUCUCCUGCGCGUUGUGUUUACUUAUGUUGUCAGCGGAGCUCCGCUGCCCUUUUUCAUGUCCCGUGUCGGCAUGAGCGUGCCCCCGCAGGUGUGUGAAGACGUCUCAAGUGCUGCGGCAGGGAGCUUCGUUCCGGUGGACGGAGGUCAGAAUGUCGUUUGCCGCGGUGCCAGCUCCAACGACAAUGACGAGAGCUACUACAUCUUUCACAACGGCAUUGACUCUAUCCAGGAGUGCAAGCAGCUGUGCAUCGGCACCGACGGCUGCAAGGGCAUUGAGUAUGACCCUCGGAGCCAACUCGAGAUCUGCAGCAAUCGGAACCGGCUGGAACUGGGGAUGUCUUCGGGACAGCACAAGAGCCAUGCAGACCCAUGCAAUGCCGAGGGCAGAACCGCGCCUGCCGCGGUCAGCAAUGACGACACUCUGGAGGGCUGCCAGUCGCAGUGCAUGUCGACCGACGGUUGCACGGGUAUCGAAUAUCAUGUGCGUGGCCGCUGCGAAAUCUGGACGCGGCCGGAGGGAAUCCAUGCCUCUAUCUCGCUCGUGAACUACACCUGUCUUAGUUACAGCGUGCCCACUCCUGAGGGCGUCUUUGAGGCCGUCGACGGGGGCGAGGGCCGCGUCUGCCGGGGCGGCCAUCCAAACGACAACCGGGCCAGCUACUUCACGGUCGAGCAGGCCAGCUCUUUGGAAGGAUGCAAGUACAAGUGCAUGCAGGCAGAAGUCUGUCAGGGCCUCGAGUACCACACCGGCGGCCGCUGCGAGAUUUGGACCCGUGCAGAGGGGAUCCAGGCCUCCCGGGAGGCACCCUCAGCCGGCUCAGCAGCUUCUUGUGGACUAAGAAAGAGGCUCAAAAAAGUUAUUUCGUAG